CAUUCCUUGCUUCUUGAAAUUGCUUACGUCUUCAAUUUCUCUCUUAGUGAACUAUAUGAACCCUGUAACAUCGUCACCGCAUCUACCAAAGCCUUUCUGGAGUACACAUCUUGCAACUUCCUGAUGGAAGCACCACGCAAACGUCAAAAGCGAAGAGAAUCGUACCGUCAACCGCAAACGCAAGAUACGCAAGACUUCUGGCAUGUCUCUGCGGGAGCUUGGAGCGCUCUUGUCAAGGACGCCGCUGGCUCGCCAAACUCGCAUUCGGCAUGUGCCAGGAUGUAUAGAUACGACUUGGCGGGUCGGAUUAUGGAAACGGAAGAAGGGAUAAAAUCACAUCGUCCAUGCACAGAAUGCACAAGACGAGGACUCGAGUGCAAGGUCCGAAAGCAGUCGAUUAUAACCAUCCACUCGUGCGCUUUCUGCUUUCUUAAGUGCAGACCAGGGUGCAAUGCAGCAUUGUAUAUGUCGGGAGGCCUGCCACCUACGGAAGCGGUGGACGACGCUCUUGACGAGUCCACAGCUUCGCACCCAUGCCACCACCUACAGGCUGAUGGCCUUGAAGCAUCACAACGGGUAGAGGAGAUGCUCCCACUUCAUGAUCGUGAGAACUCACCACAGCAAUACGAACUUACUAUGGACGAAUUCAUCGACAGAGUCAAAGCCGAAGCUAAGGAGGACGUUCGGAAGGAAAUUGAUCUAUACAUGCCAGAACUCGCGGAUAAGAUCAAGGCAGACUUCAAAGCCGAAAUGAUCUCCGAGCUGCAGCGGGAACAUCGCCAAAAUCACCAGAACCAGUUCGCGGUGCAGUUCAAAAGCGGUACCGAGCAGAAAUUGCGGAGCAUCAUAGAUGAAUCCUGGAAGGAGUUCGCAGCGAGGUUCAAAGUGGAUAUCACUGCUGACUUGAAAAGAAACCAUCACGUUUGCAGUGAUGCAAACAACCACGAGGGAGUCGACCACAAGAUGAUGGAGCGACUUCGGGAAGACAAUACCGAAUUCGAUCGCAAAGUUGAGCGAUUCGAGAAGGACAACACGGAGCGGGAUCAAAAGGUAGAGCGACUUGAGAAGGACCACGCCGAGCUCAAUCAUGAAAUGGAGCAACUUCAGGACAACAAAACGCUUAAGAUCUGGAUUGAGCGGCUCAAGCGGCUUGAGCAGGAGAACACCAAGCUGAAAGUCCAAGUGGAAGCACUUCACGCGCUGGUAGCUGCAAGUCGCGAGCACGACCCCUUUAUCGCGUGACGAGCAAAGCUUAGAUGACAAUCAUUUGCUGGUAAUGAGGCUGAUUUUGUAUUGGAGCCGAUCUGUAGGCAGGAGAGCGAUCAUGUUUCGGGCGAAUUAAGGUCAUUCGUGGGAAGCAGAGGCAUGCAUGCAUCGUGAACAAUCAAGUUUCAUCCCUGCGGAAAUGAUUCAGGCCGCUGUCCUAGUACCUUUGAAUGAUUAGAGUGCCAAAGUCAACA